AUGACAGAGAUGAUGUCCCCCAAGCUACAGUCUGUGCCUCAUCCAGCUGUAGUAAUGACGUCCCCCAAAUUAGGUCCAAAUCAAUCUCCAUUUCACGAAACAUUAGACUGUAGAGUCAGUGUCCCCCAAGCUUCAGCCUGUGCAGCGGCCGACUGUAGUGUUGAUGCUCCCCAAGAUCCAGUUUGUCAGACAGAGGACACUGUCCCACCUCAGUCAAGCCAGAUACAAGAGGAUGAGAAAACUAUUGUCAUCAAUUCACGCCGUUAUGAAGUCAAAGGUCAUCUGGGUGAAGGAGGCUUUGGAACUGUUUAUGCAGCGACUCGUUUGGAUGAUGGCCUACAGGUGGCAGUAAAAUUUGCGUCCAUCUGGGACACGAAACUCAUCAGCAUUGACGGCUAUCCUGAACCUCUUCCACUGGAGGUGGCUUUGCAAAUUCUUGCAAAUAAAGGCCCCAGGGUUCAGGAAAUCAUCCAGCUUCUGGACUGGCAGGUGGAGCCUGACUAUUACUUUAUGGUGCUAGAGCGGCCCAUGCCCUGUCAGUCCUUGUAUGAAUAUUUAAAGUGCUACGAGGACACCAUUGAAGAGGACGUGGUACGAGUUAUAAUGCACCAGGCAAUAUUCGCAGCUCGAACAUGCUGCCUGCGUGGAGUGUUUCACCGGGACAUUAAGCUGGAAAACCUUCUGAUUAACCCGGACACACUCCAAGUCAAAUUAAUUGACUUUGGCUGCGGUGCGAUCCUCACCGACGCGGGUUACACGUCCUUUGCUGGCACAACAGAGUACUGCCCUCCAGAGUAUUACAUGACCGACAAGUACCACGGCGAACCAGCGACAGUGUGGUCACUCGGGAUCCUCUUGUUUGUGAUACUUUUUUGUCAAUUUCCAAAGAGACGGGACCUGCAGAAGAUGAAUGGUGAAAGCUGGACCAAAGCUGGCUUUUCGAAAGAAUGCUGUGAUUUUAUUCGCUGCUGUCUACAGAUCGACCCGAAGCAGCGAAUAGAACUGGACAUGCUCAGUCUCCACGACUGGUUUAUGAUCACAGACAAGGAGAAUAACAACAGCACAAUUAUGGACAUCAAUUCAUGCCGUUAUGUGAUGGGCGUUCAGCUGGGUGAGGGAGGCUUUGGAACGGUUCAUGCAGCCACACGUUUGGAGGAUGGCCAACAGGUGGCGAUUAAAUUGGUCUCCAACAGCAAGACGGAGUUCAUCAGCAUUGACGGUUAUUCAAAGCCUCUUCCUCUGGAGGUCGCUCUGUUACUUCUGACAGACGAAGGCCCUCGGGUUCAGGAAGUCAUCCAGCUUCUGGACUGGCGCGUGGAGCCUGACCGCUAUAUUUUGGUCCUUGAGCGGCCCAUGCACUUUGAGGAACUGAAUUGGUUUCUCCUGCAGCGAAUAGUGACCAUUGAAGAGGACGUGGCACGAGUUAUAAUGCACCAGGCAAUAUUCGCAGCUCGAACAUGCUGCCUGCGUGGAGUGUUUCACCGGGACAUUAAGCUGGAAAACCUUCUGAUUAACCCGGACACACUCCAAGUCAAAUUAAUCGACUUUGGCUGCGGUGCGAUCCUCACCGACGCGGGUUACACGUCCUUUGCUGGCACUAGAGAGUACUGCCCUCCUGAGUAUCUGACCACCGGCAAGUACCACGGGAAACCAGCUACAGUGUGGUCACUCGGGAUCCUCAUGUUUGUAAUGCUGUGUGGGGAUUUUCCAAAAAGACGAGACCUGCGCAAGAUCAACAGUAACACCUGGAGCAGAGAUGGCUUGUCAAAAGAAUGCUGUGAUUUUAUUCGCUGCUGUCUGCAAAUCGAUCCAAAGCAGCGGAUUGAACUGGAGAAGCUCAGUCUCCACGAAUGGUUUAUGAUUGCAGACCAGAAGAAAUUAGGAGAAAAAAAAGAAAAUAGUGUAAGUAGCGACAGGAAUGAGAGGAAAAUUAAAGGAAGAUCAGAGACAGCCACGAAAGGAAGCCAAAUACUGCCUCAAGCCCUCAGAAAUUAA